GUUUUAGGGUUUAUGUGCUUGUCCUUGCCGGACAAUCUCCUUCCCCAUUCAAUUCCUCUGUUCCUGUGUUUGGCAAAAAUAUUAAGACAUGGUGCAGUAUAAUUUCAAGAAAAUUACCAGAGUUCCCACUGGGAAGGACUUUGUGGAUAUCAUCCUCAGCAGAACCCAGAGGCAAACUCCUACUGUUGUUCACAAGGGCUAUGCAAUCAACCGCAUUAGGCAGUUUUACAUGCGAAAGGUGAAAUUUACACAGACCAAUUUUCAUGAAAAGCUCUCUACCAUCAUCGAAGAGUUCCCUAGGCUUGAUGAUAUCCAUCCUUUCUAUGGUGACCUUCUUCAUGUUCUCUAUAACAAAGAUCAUUACAAGCUUGCCCUUGGUCAAAUUAACACCGCUAGAAAUCUCAUUGGGAAAAUUGCCAAGGAUUAUGUGAAGUUGUUGAAGUAUGGCGACUCUCUCUAUAGGUGUAAAGCUCUGAAGGUUGCUGCUCUUGGUCGCAUGUGUACUGUCACAAAGCGAAUUGGACCUAGUUUGGCUUAUCUUGAACAAAUUCGGCAACACAUGGCUAGGCUUCCUUCUAUUGACCCAAACACUAGAACAAUAUUGAUAUGUGGGUACCCGAAUGUUGGAAAAAGUUCAUUCAUGAACAAAAUUACUAGGGCAGAUGUCGAUGUCCAGCCCUAUGCUUUCACUACAAAGUCCUUGUUUGUUGGCCAUGCUGACUACAAGUACUUAAGGUAUCAAGUGAUUGAUACUCCAGGGAUUUUGGACAGGCCAUUUGAAGAUCGAAAUAUUAUAGAGAUGUGUAGUAUAACAGCUUUAGCACAUCUAAGAGCGGCCGUGCUGUUUUUUCUAGAUAUCUCUGGUUCUUGUGGGUACACCAUUGCCCAACAGGCAGCCCUUUUCCAUAGCAUCAAGUCUCUAUUCAUGAAUAAGCCCUUAAUUAUAGUCUGCAACAAGACAGAUCUGCUGUCACUAGAGGCAAUAUCUGAGGACGACAAGAAGUUGGUCGAAGAGAUGAAAGCAGAAGCUAUGAAGACGUUAAUUGGCCAGGGUGGUGAGCCUACGGACGGUGGGGGUGUGCUGUUGACUAUGAGCACUUUGACUGAGGAGGGAGUGAUUGCUGUUAAAAAUGCUGCUUGCGAGAGGUUGUUGGAUCAGAGGGUUGAACUGAAAAUGAAGUCAAAAAAGAUAAACGACUGUUUGAAUCGGUUUCAUGUUGCAAUGCCGAAGCCGCGUGACCAAAAAGAAAGGCCAGCUUGCAUACCUCAAGCUGUCUUGGAAGCCAAAGCUGUUGAAGCGGCUAAGGAGAAGAAGAAGCUUGAAAGGGAUAUUGAGAAUGAAAAUGGAGGUGCAGGUGUUUAUUCUGCUAGCUUAAAGAAACACUAUCUUCUUGCAAAUGACGAAUGGAAAUUUGAUGACAUGCCGGAAAUCCUUGAUGGGCACAACGUAUACGAUUUUGUUGAUCCGGACAUAUUGCAGAGGCUUGAGGAGUUGGAGAAAGAGGAAGGACUUCUUCAGGAGCAGGAUGAAGAUGAUGUCGAGAUGGAUGUUGAAGAUUUGACCCCAGAUGAGCAAAAAGCACUUGCUGAGAUCAGGAAAAAGAAGAGUAUUCUUAUUCGUGAGCACAGAAUCAAGAAAAGCACAGCUGAAAGCCGACCGAUUGUACCCAGAAAAUUCGACAAAGACAAGAAGUUCACGAGUAAUAGAAUGGGUAGACAAUUGUCAUCUUUGGGUCUUGAUCCAUCUAAAGCUAUCGAACGAGCUCGAAGCAAGUCUAGAGGUCGUAAGAGGGAGAGGUCACCCGAAAAUGCCAAUGGUGGUGAUAGUAUGGACGUGGAUGAUGGAUCCAAUAAGAAGAUGCGAUUUAGGUCUUCAUCCCGAUUUGGUUCCAGGUCAAGGUCACGACCCCCAAUACAUGAGCUGGUUCCUGGAGAAGGGUAUAAGGAUUCUGCACAAAAGAUGAAGGCUCAUAAACUGGGUAAGAGCUCUGUUUACAAGCGGAAUAAGGAUGCUAGAAAGGGAGAGGGUGACAGAGUCAUUCCAACACUAAAACCGAAACAUCUGUUCUCCGGCAAGCGCUCCAAUGGGAAGACCACUAGACGUUAAGCAAAAUCCGAGGAUUUCUUGUUUUCUUGAUCUGCUUGGCCAACUGUUCUUGAAAGGUACACAGUAAUAGCAUGAUUGAAGCCUCUAUAUGUUCUGAAAUUUGGAUCAUUUAUCCAUUUUUAGCCGUUAGAUGAAGAUGACAGCAUCUACAUGUUUGUUUGUAGUUUCUGUUUAUGAAUUUUGGUGAGUUAUAUGAUAUUUUGAUUUGAAUUACUGAUAUUUUAUGUGCCUUUCUUGA